CUCAUACAAUAAUAAAAAUGAAUUUUUCUGAUAAGCUCUCACUCAGGUAAGCUACCGGCGAAGGACGAUUUCCCAUAUGAUAAACAAAGUACAUCCUUUCUUUCUCUUUCCUCAGCUUUUCUCUUCCAUUAUUUUAUUAUUAUCAUCAUUGUUCUUUCCUUUUGUUUUCUGACAAUCAGACGAAACCAAAUUCUCUCUCUUUCUCUCUCUUCUGACACAGUAUACUGCACUUUCCCUCGCUGGCAUGGGCCAGUAUUAUCACAGUGUCAGCUGUCUCUUCUGCUAGCUUUUCACUCACCUCUUCACUCUCUUUUACCAUUCUUAGAACAAAACUAAGUUUGCUCCGUAUCUUUCCCACUCUCUCUUUAUCCGUUUUUCUCUCUACCCUAUUGCAAAAUAAACGCCCUUCAGCACACACAACGCCACCAUGACUGGACUCUAGACCUCACUAAUGGAACUGGGUUCAGGCUCUUUUUCCGACUCAGUUGGUGUUGGUGGUAGUGGUGGUGUUGGUGGUGGUGAUUCUUCAUCUUCUCCACCUAACUCCGCCACCGAGUCACUUAAUGGUCUCAAGUUUGGUAAAAAAAUUUAUUUUGAGGAUGCGGGUAGUACUGCAGGAGCUCCAGGUAAAGCAUCCGGACCCGGGUCUUCAUCCGGGUCCGGGUCCGGAAAGAAAGCGAGAAGUGGUAGUGGUGGUGGAGCUGUGCAAACUGGGCAGCCACCAAGGUGCCAGGUGGAGGGCUGUAAAGUGGAUCUAAGUGAUGCUAAGGCUUACUAUUCUAGGCAUAAAGUUUGUGGCAUGCAUUCAAAGUCUCCUAUGGUCAUUGUUGCAGGUCUUGAGCAGAGGUUCUGCCAACAGUGUAGCAGAUUUCAUCAGCUAGCUGAAUUUGACCAAGGAAAAAGAAGUUGCCGCAGGCGCCUGGCAGGCCAUAAUGAGCGCCGGAGGAAGCCACCACCUGGAUCAUUGUUAGCCAACCGCUAUGGCAGGAUCUCUUCUAUCUUUGAAAGCAGCAGCAGAGGUGGAGGAUUUCUUGUUGACUUUAGCGCAUACCCAAGGCCUGGUGGGAGAGAUGCUUGGCCAACAACAAGAAUGCCUGAGCGGGUGCCUAGAAAUCAAACCUCUGCAACAGCAAGAAAUUUUCCACAUCCACCGUGGCUGAAUCAUACUGUGAGUUCUCCAUCUGAUCUAUUCCUACAAGGUUCAAUAGGUGGGACUGGUUUUGCCAGUCCUGGAAUUCCUUCGGGGGAAUGCUUCACGGGAGUUGCUGAUUCAAGCUGUGCUCUCUCUCUUCUGUCAAAUCAACCAUGGAGCUCCAGACGAGCACCGUGUCUUGGAAUGAGUGACUUGAUGCAUCCACCAGGCUCAUCCAUGACUCAUCCAACAUCGCCUCAUGGUACAGCUGUUAAUCAAUAUCCAAACAUGUCAUGGGGUUUCAAGGGCAAUGGAGCCACCAGCAGUUCACACCAGAUGCCCUCUCACCUUGAUUUGCGACCAGUUUCACAGCCUGUUAAUAGUCAGUUUUCUGGAGACCUCGAGUCAUCUCAACAGAAUCGGAGGCAAUAUAUGGAACUUGAGCACUCCAGGGAUUAUGAGGACCCGACACAGCAGAUGCACUGGUCACUUUAAGUGCCCCCUUUUGUCCCCAGUUUGUAUGGAACAUAACUGGUCUUAUGAAUUAGAAUAAUAUCUUGCAAACAAUCCAGCAGGUGACUUAUCUUUUUGUUCUGGUUGAGAUACAACCAAACUGACUGUAGGUUUGUGUCAAUCUUAAGAUUUGUGUGGUCUGAAACACUGAUAAAACAUCUAUCUUUAAGCCUUGUUCUCUCCAGCUAGCACUUAGCUAGUGUUUGUGAAGUAACAAAUAGCUGAUGUUGGUC